UAUUUUAUACUUUCAAAAUUCAAAGAUCAAGUCUUCUGCAUAAUAAAAUAAGGCAAAACUGAAUAUUUGAAUAAAUCCUGUGGGUCUGAAGAGCCCCAAAUUAUUACAAAAUGUACCUAACACGAUUUACUCGGUUAGUUGUACAAGGAAAUUACAAAAAUGGUACAUUUUUAUCAAAGAGAACGGCAACCACAACACCGAGCGGAGCUAUACUUCCAGAACCUGAGAAGACUCCAUUUGGUAUUUUAAGUGUGGUGGGCGCGGUGAUCCCUGGACUUCUUAUUGGCGCAGCUAUAAGUAAAAACAUUGCGAACUUCUUAGAAGAAAAUGAAUUAUUUGUUCCUUCCGAUGAUGACGAUGACGACGAUUAGAUGAACUGAUUUACUAUUUAGCAUCACCCUAAUUGUCUUAAUACCUUAUAUCUCUAUUAAAUGCGGGUAAAAAAAAACAUUUUUCUCAUUGUUAUGUCAUUUAUU